CCCCCCCCCCCCCCCCCACAGAUUUCACAGACUUGGUACCUUCCAGUGGAGGCGCGCCGUUGAAAUUUGAAAACAGGAGAGAGCGCGAGAAGGAGAAUCACUGAGAGAUCGAUGGAUAUCUUCAAAGAAGAUGCACAGUGUCAGCUAAAUGAAAAGCUAAACGAAACCAGGAUCAAAUUUUUGAGUUUGUGGGAAAAUUAUAACCCAGCAGGAUUUAAACAGAGAUACAGAGAAUCUUUAAAAAUCACAGAAGGAAAAUGCUUAGAAAUAUAUGAAGAGGAGAAACAGAUGUGUGAAAAAAUCCAAUUAACCAAAAAAGUUAUUGCUGAGCAGAAAGCAUUCAUAGAACAAACACGCUUAAAUAUGGAAAGUGUCAACAAAAAUUUUGAAAAUAUUGAAAGACAAAAGCAGGAAGUAUCAGAAAAGAUUAAGAAGCUGAAAGAAGGACUUCUCACAAAACAGGAAUUAAUUUCUACACAAAAGCAAGAAAAUAAAGCAAAGCUGAAAGAAUUAAAUACAUCUGCAGAAAUGUUUAAGAAGCGGAUGGGACUGGAAAUUAGGAAGGUGCACGGGGAGCAACUGCAAUUUAUCUUCAAAUGCAUCAGCCAUAAAAAUCCCAAGCAGCCAUUUACAUUUCUGCUGAAAAUCAGUGAAGAAGGAAAUUAUGAAGUCACGUCAUGUGAACCACCAUUGGAAUGUAUGCCUUUGUUGCAGGAAAAACUCAAAGAAACCAACAAUUUCUCUGCAUUUCUUGCAAAUGUCAGAAAAGCUUUUACAACAUUAGUAUAGUUCCAGAUUGUAUUCCUGGUUUUUGUAUUUAGUAUAGCAUUUUCCCUUGCUGUUUAAAUGUUUUCUUAUCUUAUGAACCUAUGUUAGUAACUGGCUAUGUAAUAUAUUGGUUUUCUAAUUGUAGUCUUUUUUUUAAAAAAAGAAAAACUUGUUCAUAUCUGUUUCUCUUAGACUGCUGCCAGAAUUAUUUUGUUUGUUAUACAUGGGCAUAAAUUAACAUCAUGAAAUGUUCCUAUUAAGAACAUAAGAAGUAGGAGUGGGUCAUUUGGCCCUUUGAACUUGCUCUGCCAUUCAGUAAGAUCAUGGCUGAUCUGAUUGUGGCCUUAACUCCCAUCCCCUGAUAACCUUUGAUUCCCUUGUAGAUCAAGAAUCUGUCUGUCUAGUUCAGCCUUGAGUUCAGUCAUUGUUUCUGACCUGAACACAAGAUGCCUCCUGUAUAAUAACUGUACUAUAGUUAUGAUUAAUAAACAUUUUCAUCAG